UGAAGUUCAAAGUUCAGACAUUACAGUAAAAAUAGGGUACUUGCUGGCGUUGCUGCUUGUGUGUUUGCUGGGAAUAAAAAACAACGGGGUGGUCACUGAAGUCUCGGAUCGGUUGCCGCCGCACCGAAAACCGGCCGAGGAGACCGGAAAUGGCCCUCAACUAAUCUGCGCCUUGUGUUGCUCUGCUGUCGGUGGAUUUACAGGACGACGGCUAGCUGGGUGCUAGCGUUAGCACGCUAGCUUGCCAGUAGCACAUAGCCGCCGCUGCUAGCUAACGUCACUGGACCGGUGCUCUUUACUCUCAAGGCUGCAGAUAUGUUCGUCCAGGAGGAGAAGAUAUUCGCCGGCAAAGUGUUGAAAAUACACAUCUGCACCGUGGACGGCACGGAGUGGUUAGAGGAGGUCACGGAAGACACCACUGUUGAGAAACUGAAGGAGAAGUGCUUAAAACAUUAUGUACACGGAAGUCUAGAAGACCCCAAAACACUUACCCACCACAAACUCGUACACGCUGCUACGGAACGAGUCCUCGCAGACACCAAAACCGUCGCUGAUGAAAAUCUCAAGGAUAAAGAAGUUUUGCUGCUCAUGAAGAAAAGACCGCCGCCAACCCCUCCAAAGAUGGCAGAAGUCAGUUCGGAUGAAAAGAAGAAACAAGAUAACAAGGCUCCGGACAAAGACGCAAUUCUAAAAGCCACCGGCAACCUGUCCACACGCCACACCGACCGCACUGUAACCCAGCACAACAUCAGAGACUUUCAGACGGAGCUGAGGAAAAUCCUGGUUUCUCUUAUUGAAGUGGCCCAGAAACUUCUCGCCUUGAACCCUGACGCUGUUGAACUUUUCAAAAAGGCCAAUGCGAUGUUGGAUGAAGAUGAAGAGGACCGCGUGGACGAAACAGCCCUCCAGCAGCUCACCGAGAUGGGUUUCCCCGAGAGCAGAGCCAUCAAAGCUCUUAGAUUGAACCAUAUGUCCGUCACCCAGGCGAUGGAGUGGCUCAUCGAGCACGUAGACGACCCCUCUGUAGACACACCCAUACCCGGCCAGGACUCGUCUGGGGCAGCAGGAGCCACAGCCCCAGCCCCGGCCCCUGCCCCGGCGCCGGCCCCUGCCGCUGCUGCUCCCCCUGCCGCACAGGGCCCCUCAGCAUCGGGCCCCUCAGCAUCGGGCCCCUCAGCAUCGGGCCCCUCAACGUCGGGCCCCUCAGCGUCGGGACCCGGUCCGAACCUUCUCCGCAGCCUCUCCAGCCAGUCGAGCACAGAAGAGAGCGUCAGGCAGGACGAGCUCACAGAGAUCUUCAAGAGGAUCCGCAGGAAACGGGAGUUCAGACCGGACUCUAGAGCUGUCAUUGCCUUGAUGGAGAUGGGGUUUGAUGAGAAGGAGGUGGUCGACGCUCUCAGGGUGAAUAACAACCAACAAGAUGCCGCGUGUGAGUGGCUGCUGGGAGACAGGAAACCUUCACCAGAAGAUCUGGACAAAGGCAUCGACACCAACAGCCCGCUGUUCCAAGCCAUUCUGGAGAAUCCAGUGGUCCAGUUGGGUCUAACCAAUCCCAAAACCCUGCUCGCGUUUGAAGACAUGCUGGAGAAUCCUCUGAACAGCACCCAGUGGAUGAACGACCCCGAGACCGGCCCCGUCAUGCUCCAAAUAUCCAGAAUCUUCCAGACCCUCAAUCGCACAUAGAGCUCCCUGGUGACCCCUGUGUGACAGGCAGCUUCUGUGUGCGUGUGUGUGUUAGACCAUAUUUGUGUGCGUGUGUGCGUGCGUGUGUGUGGCGGAGACAGGAGUAUUGUUUUUGCCUCGUAAAGACGACGCUGGAGGAGUCCAAGUAUGGAUUAAGAUGUUACAUAUAUCUAUUUAUAACAGUACAGUAAAAACACUUAUACAAAACAGAUGUUGACAUAAACAUUAUUACAGUAAUGAUAUUAGAAAAGGCGAUUUAGUAUGUUUUUACAUUUUAACGAGAACAGUUUAUAGUCAUGACAAACAUGAUUUUAUUUUAUAUGAUUUCUCCAUGUGCAGAAAUGACAUCAGACAUCAAUUUAAUGUUUACACUUCAAAGAGAACUGUUUUUGUAUGUUUUGCAAUAUUUAAAUAUCAACUAACAGUUUUGUCCGUCUCUUUAAAUUGUUACAUUUCAUCUGUGGUGAAUGUGUGGAAAACUUGUCCGCUUCCCGUUCUGUUCUUUUCUCCCCUUUUUUUGUUUUAGUUUUUUAUCAAAUGAACUGAUCAUAAUCGUGAGGCUGGCAGGCAAAGUCGAGUGUUACUUUCGGACACAUUCUCUCUCUCUCUCUCUCUCUCUCCCUCUCUCUCCCCCAUUCGAGCCUGUGAGGUCACUGCAAGCCGACCGCCUCCCAAUUUAAAGCGGAGAACCUUCGUCCCUGAGCUUCUUCGAGGAUAUUUAUUUGACUUUCUUGCCUUUUUUUUUUUUUUAGACAAGCUGUACACUAAACUGUUUGUGUCUUAGUCAUGUUUUUACAGGAAAACAAUAUAUUAGGUCCGUGUGUUUAUUGUCUGUGCUCUUGAAUGUCAUAUUUUAAUGUCGCGCUCAUUCAGCACUUGUUCACCUCUACGAAUAUCGCUCACUGCAGCACUUAACGGAGUUAAAAGAAGGGUUCAUGUCCCAGAUGGCUGACGUGGGAUGUUAAAUGAAGCUGAGCCUGAUCAAAAGGGGGUUUUGCCUUUGUUAUCUUUUGAAUGAUGGAGAUGCGCGCUUGCUUUUUUCUGCUGAGGCGUCUCCAUACACAAGGAGAGUUUGUCUUUGUUUUCUUUUUCCUUUUCUUUUGACAGCAGUGAACAUUUAAAGAAAAAUGUCACUAUAUAAUCUGCCUUGUCAUUAGUUUUACCCAUUGAGAAAUCCUCUGUAUUUCUGUGCAAUCGCAAAGGACUGUUGCCCUGAAAAAGAAAUAUACUUGUUUUGAGUGUGCAAACUGCAGUGGGUAGCGUGUUCUACAAUAUUCCCAUUUCAGUUCUUCAAAUCUCCAGCUACAAGUUGGGCCUCGCCGGGUUGAGCCCACAGUUUAGAACAACGUGGAGGGCGGUGUGUUUUGCCAAGUUUUGAGUGUUUUUAUUCGAUAUUUAAAAUGUGGUAUUGAUGUGACUUUCUGCUCAGGGAGGCUGAGAUUGUUUUUCUAAACUUGUCAUUAUGGCAAACCUCUGCUCGCCCCCUUCUAGUCCGGGCAGUUUCAAAUAGCUUUAACUAAUCUGUCUGGAACUUCAUGGAUAAGAGCACUAUAAGACAUGGUUUUGUAAUUGCAAUAUUUGAAAAUAUUUAAAUGUUUUUAGAGCAAAGUGUCUGUUUGAACUCUUUAUUAUUACGUUAUUUAUAUCGAAGCCAAACUAGUAACUUGUUCUUAUUUAUAACAUUUUUAGCAAACCUCAGAGCUUAUCUACAAAUGUGAAAGAAGAAAAAAAAAUUAAAUGAUUCAAAUGUUGUUUUUACAAACCAUUGUAAAAUGUGCUUAUGGACUUUGAGGUCUCAGUGUGAUUGUGAAAGUAGCGCACCGCAGGGGUCCCGACCCCCCGGCCCCCCCUGUCACAGCCACAAUGACCAGCUGCCCCCCCCCCCAACCCAGGCUCGGCAUCAGAAUACACACACAGCUCUCCGGUUAUAUCUUGAAACAAACAUUGGGAGAUUGUACGUUUUCAAAGAAGACGAAACAAGGUCCGAAAGGUGAACGCAGACUCCUUCCGCGGCGGUCAGCAGGAAAGGAACAGAACAAAAUGAACUUUAUUGCCGAGGGACGCUGAAGGCUCGCUCGAGUCGCCGGGUGUUGUUUUCACUCCGCUUCCACAAGAACUGUCCCCAAAUAACAACCUAUGCAAUAUACUCUUGUCUGCUCGCUCAGACGGCCUCACGGCUCCUGGCAUUUAAAUCACUAUUGCAUUAAAGUUUUUUUUUUCUUUUGUGGCUGUAA